UUGUGUAUUAUUAUUAGUAGUGUGACAAGAAGUCAAGAAGUAGUGUAACUUCUUGACUAAAAUAGGCAUAAUGCUAUAUUCUUCUUCUCUUCUUGAUGCUAAGUAAAUUAUCAUGCCAACUGGAAUGUUUUUGGCACUAGAUGGCGCUAGAGUCUGUGUGUGACGGAUUCACCACAGUAGUAUUAAUACUAAAUAAUUUUGCAAUGUAAUUUUUAAAACAAAGUCUGUGAUGCAAUUUUUUAUAUCUUUUAUAAAAUUGGAAGCAUCCAUAUAACAACCCUGUUCAAAUUUGCAAAAACUGUAGAUUUGUAGUUCUCCUUUGCGCAUAUUUUGAAAAAAAUGCGUCUAGUUUUAUUGCGUCGCUGAACUUUAUUGGAGUGGAAAAGUUUAGUAGAAAUUUGAAAUAAAUUGAAAAUUCGGAAUAAUACGUUAAAAUAUGUCGGGUGUGGGGAUUUGUGUUAUGUGCUUCAAAUUUGCGUCGCAUGUUUGCCAGACUUGUGGGGAUUAUUAUUGUUCUGUUACUUGUCAGGCACUGGAUUGGCGUACUCAUCGUUUCAUAUGCAAGAGAAUGCCUAAGUUGGAAGUAAUGGAUCCAAUAAAAAAAGUACGUGAAUGGUUGAAGAAAAAUGAUCAAUGGCUAUGGCAUAUACGCAAAUUUCAACAUGAUAUGCUACAGCAGAAUCUCCCUGAUAGCCGAAACAUACUCAAUUUUAAUAGUCCACAACAGAGCAAUGCAUACCAAAAUCAAAGUCAACAAAAUUAUUCUGAAAGUAGACGAAACAACUGCAAACAAACCUACCAGAAUAAUCAGGGAUACAAUGAAGAGAUUCAACAAAAGUGUCUAUUAAAAAUAAAUGUACGUCACGGUCAGAGUUUAGAUGAAAGCAGUAAUGCUCCCGUUCUCAAAGCACCCUUUGAGAUAAUAAAAUUAAACGAAAAUGGUACUAACUUUCUGGCAUAUGUAGUUGACACUAGUUGCAUUAGAGAGGGACUUUUUGCUUGUAUUCCUUACAAACAUUAUCCUUCUUUUAUAAACAUGCAAAUAUUUUUGGCAAAACUGGGCAAGGGUGGACAGCCUUAUAAGCCUACGUUCACGGAGUACUGCAUCGUUCUGGUAAGAGAACAGUGGUAUCGAGCUAAGGUGAUUGGUGCAUAUGGCAACGAAUUUAAAGUUGAGUAUAUUGACUUUGCCAAUGACGGCUGGGUUAAGCCUGAGCAUAUACGUCGAUAUCCUUUGGGUUUAACUUAUGUUAACUCCACGAGCUUGUGUAGGCUAGCAGGUUUACCUGACAAACUUGAUUCGAAGCUCUCAAAUCAGUUGGAGGAUAUCAUAGUCAAUAUUCAAAAAUUGCAGGUACAAACAGUUAAAAAGUGUGACGACUUUUUUGAAAUCGAAUGUCCAGUUUUAUUAAAACAAUUCUCCAAAUUAGGUUUUAUUUAAACUGAACUGUUUGCUUAUAAAUAAAUUUUAAAUACCCCUGAAACAUUAUA